CGUACGUGCUCGGGGACGAGGACGAGGUCGACGACGAUUCUCCCAGUUCCACUCGCAGAGUCGAAUUUGACAGUGGACCGUUUUUGGGAAUUCCAGUUGCAUGCAGAACUCGUUUCCAGUCCCAUCGUCGUCUCGUCCUUUCACUACCUCCACGACUUCCAGAGUUGGGGGUACCCUGAAGCUGAAUAGACACGGAGUGCAGUCAGGAAAUGGAUUGUUUUGAGUCGAGAGGAAAUUAAUUAUUCUUAAUUAUUGAGAGUCUCUUUCUAAGGCUGGUGAGAGAAUUCAGCGGCUGACAGACACACUGACAGACUGACUCUCUCUGAAUUGGAGAUUGAGGCUUGUCAUGUUUCCUGGGAUGAUGUAGAACACGUCCGUACUUGAAAACUGUCUUCCGGUGUCUGAUAGAAGUAAUCACGCCUCGUGAUUGUGACCAUCGCCUUGGACUAUUGGCGUGUGCGAUUGGAUGAGAGCAGCGAACGUACGCACAGUUGAAAAAAUGGUGUCUCUUCUGGUCGCUACCACAGCUGAUCCAGCAUCGAUCGGCCCUGCGACUGCUUUGCUCGCUCUCCCGUCGACUCCUGCUUGGAGCGAGGGACCGAACCUCCAGGGAAAUAAAUCUUAUGUGGCUGGACGGGUCAGGCUUCUGCAGCUGACCGAUCGUAUGGUGACAGAAGAUCACCUGGAGAAGCGAUGGGAAGCUGCAACUGGCGAACGCGUCGAUGAAAUAAUUUUCCUGAGUAGACACACGGCUGUUUCCAAUCGUCCCGCCCUAACAGUGCAUCCAAUUGGUAUUCCACAUUUGCUGCCGCACGAGCAACCGCCCGCAGGAGGAAGACCCGGAUGGGCUGCACCUCCUUGCCCUCGAAUAGGUCCCUGGUUGAGACUCUUGCAGAGGGUAGCAAAAUCUCGCAAUCUUGUCCCAGAAUUUGAGGUCACCUUGGAAGCUACUCAUCACGGUCCCGAGACAAACGUUCCAGCAAUGUUCGUGGAGAUAGGAAGCACUGAGGAAUACUGGAGAAGAGAGGAUGCUGCGCAGGCUGUGGCAGAGGUUGUAAGGGAAGGUCUUGGAUUGGAUGGAGGAGCUGGAGUGGGUCAGUGGACAAGUGAACACGCGGGAGCAAAAGUUCUCGUUGGUCUAGGAGGCGGCCAUUACGCUCCUCGGCACAUGGACGUAGUACAGAAAGAGGGUGUGUGGGUUGGUCAUCUGCUAUCCGGCUACUCAAUGCCGAUGGUUGAACCUACGAAAGAAGCUGGUGCGCCUAAAAGCAAGAGUGCAGUGGACCACAAUGAUGUAGGCGGAAGCUGGAAAGAAGCUAUAAGCGAGGCAGUGCAAACCACAAGGGCUGCAUUCCCAGACGGCGAAGUUAUGGCUCACUUGGACAGCAAGAGCCUGAAGAGCUGGCAAAGAAAUGCUAUCACAUGGUUCCUGGCACAGGAGCGUAUACCAAUCGGCAAGCCCAACGAUUAUUUGUAGAUACUUAGCGAUGGCUAUUCUUCACACGACACGGAGCGGUUGUGUAGUCAAUGGCAUAUUCGUAGAUGUUGGCAUCGUUGAUUGAUUUUUUGUCCAGAACACCAGAUCAUGAGCAAAUUGCAGGCAAGUACCUCGAUGUGAAUACUUCUUUGUCAAAACUUGAAGCGCCAAGUUCAAAGAGGCAGCAGUAAAGUACUGUUUUCAGUCCUUC